GACACAACACAACUCGCAUCCGUCAGUGGCAGACCGACCGAUAAGGAGCAUAAGUCGGGACGAUCUUUCUCAUCCAGCCAUCCCGUCUCACCAUACCAACAUUCAAACCCGUCGAUCAUCGCUGCUGUCCCCAACCGGAACUGGUGUCCCGAUUUAACGGUCUUACCCCACAUCCCAGUGUGUGUGCGUUUGUUCCUACCUUUGUGCGUGUGUGACUGUGUGCCGGGAGUGUAGCGCGAGAUCUUAUCCGACCAUGUUGGCCAGUUCGCAAGUGAAACCGCCGGUGUAUGUGGCGUUCGUGGGUUUGGUGCUGCUGGCCGCCACCUUACAGCUGUGCCAGGCCGAAGGUCCAGAGUAUGAGACGGGAGGCCGUAUUAGCAAGCGUGGCCCCACCGUUGGUCUGUUUGCGUUUCCACGCGUCGGACGCAGCGAUCCGGAAAUGACGCUCGACUGGGAAUCGUCCGCCAUGCUACCAUUGGAGACUGGCGAAGAUUACGAGGACUACCCGGUAAAGGAGAUGAAGCGCCAGGGUUUGGUGCCGUUUCCGCGCGUUGGCCGGUCGGGCAAAUCGGAGUUGGCGAUGGCGGCCGCCCGUUACUGGCAGGCAGCCCACAACCUUCAGCAGCAAAACAUCGUGAAGCGUGCCGGUGGUUCGGGAGCUAACAGUGGCAUGUGGUUCGGACCACGGCUGGGCAAACGGGGACGCUUCGGUGCCGUCCCGGUAUCAAGCGGUAGCAGCGAGCAGCAGCAGCAGCAGAUGAUGAAAGGCGAACAGUUGUAAGCUGGAUACGUCAAACCGGCCACGUUUUUAAAAAAAUGACUCUUCCCGCACAUUGUUCGGAUCCCGAUGCCAAACCCUCCAUGCUCCGUGUUUUUUCUGUGUCGACAACAUACCAACAACAAAAAUGGCGAUCUACUUACUACUGUCGUAUGCUGAUGCUGUUUACUGCUGAAAUCGAGAACGAGAAUGUCCAAUGUCCUGCCGUUGCAGGCUAGUACGAGGCGCACAGUUCAGGAAGAAGAGAUUUACUAGAUGUUGUUACUUAUCUGUCACACUUUGCCACAGUUUUCCCCACUCAGAAGCAGGUGUACCGUGCAUGCUCAUCUGGACACGUACUGGUCCUGUGCAAAACACAACGAGACGGUUUGUGCGUAACAUAACGUCGAAGGCUGGCAGGCAACUGAAGGAACUUCGGUCCGGUCUGUCGUUCGAUUCCAUCAGUUGUCUGACGUUUUUUUACGCACAACCUAUCGCCACCGUCACCAGGAAACUAGCUUUCCUAACUUACUUUUUUGUUUUAGUUUUCACGCUACCUAGUUGUUGUAGAAUACAGAUUUUAAACGGCCAGCUUGAACUGUUACAUCCGCACCUCGUAUUUCAGCAUUCCGGUGUCAAAAAAGAAUCCAAAAAAACAGAUGAUACUAUUAUUAUUAUUAUUAUUAUUAUUGCUAUUAUUAGCUGAGAGCAAACUCUGCCACACGUGGGAGAAAAUGGUGGACAAGAAAAUCAAUAAAAAAUAGAUGAAAUGUUGUUCAAUUACGAAACACAACUUUGUUGUAAAUAAAAUUUCCCAAAAGUACAUACAUACAAAA